CUGGCCGGGGGCUGCGGGGAGGGGACGCUUCCCGCGGGCACGCGGAGUGAAGACGGUGACAGCCACGCGCGCACGUGCGUGCCCGGCUUGCAGCGCGGCCCCGACACCUCCCUCGGCGGCUGAGAAGCGCGCGGGGUCUGGGCCUCCGGCGUCCAGGGGCCCCGUCCCCGGGCGUCACCAGCGUCCCCGGCCCGAGUCCCGGAGAGCCGGGCCGUGCCCGCCCCGUCGGUCCCCGAUCGCGAUCCCUUCCCGUGGCCGUCAGGGUUCGCCCGCCAACUCCCGUUUCGGUUCCCGGGGCAGGGUCCUCGCGGUCCAUGCUGGCCGCUGGGGGCCCGCGCCGCUCAGCCAGCUCCCGGGCCGGCCGGCCGGCCACCAUGGUGGCCCUGAGGCCUGUGAGGCUCCUUCAGGGAGGCUAAAAGGUCCAGAGCGCAGGCCUCGGGGCGCGAGGGUCCCGAACCUGAGCCCCGCGCCAUGGCCGGGGCCAUCGCUUCCCGAAUGAGCUUCAGCUCGCUCAAGAGGAAGCAGCCCAAGACGUUCACAGUGCGGAUCGUCACCAUGGACGCGGAGAUGGAGUUCAAUUGCGAGAUGAAGUGGAAGGGGAAGGACCUGUUUGACUUGGUGUGCCGGACCCUGGGGCUUCGGGAAACCUGGUUCUUUGGCCUGCAGUAUACAAUCAAGGACACCGUGGCCUGGCUCAAGAUGGACAAGAAGGUGCUGGAUCAUGACGUUUCAAAGGAAGAGCCAGUCACCUUUCACUUCCUGGCCAAAUUUUAUCCUGAGAAUGCCGAGGAGGAGCUGGUUCAGGAGAUCACGCAACAUUUAUUCUUCUUGCAGGUAAAGAAGCAGAUUUUAGAUGAAAAGAUCUACUGCCCUCCCGAGGCUUCUGUGCUCCUGGCUUCUUAUGCCGUCCAGGCCAAGUAUGGUGACUACGACCCCUCUGUUCACAAGCGGGGAUUUUUGGCCCAAGAGGAAUUGCUUCCAAAAAGGGUAAUAAAUCUGUAUCAAAUGACUCCAGAAAUGUGGGAGGAAAGAAUCACAGCCUGGUACGCAGAGCACCGAGGCCGAGCCAGGGACGAAGCUGAAAUGGAAUAUUUGAAGAUAGCUCAGGACCUGGAGAUGUACGGUGUGAACUACUUUACAAUCCGGAAUAAAAAGGGCACAGAGCUGCUGCUCGGAGUGGAUGCUUUGGGGCUUCACAUUUAUGACCCUGAGAACAGGCUGACCCCCAAGAUCUCCUUCCCGUGGAACGAAAUCCGAAACAUCUCGUACAGCGACAAGGAGUUUACUAUUAAGCCAUUGGAUAAGAAAAUUGACGUCUUCAAAUUUAACUCCUCAAAGCUUCGUGUUAAUAAGCUGAUUCUCCAGCUGUGUAUCGGGAACCACGACCUGUUUAUGAGGAGGAGGAAGGCCGAUUCUUUGGAAGUUCAGCAGAUGAAAGCUCAGGCCAGGGAGGAGAAGGCCAGAAAGCAGAUGGAGAGGCAGCGCCUCGCUCGAGAGAAGCAGAUGAGGGAGGAGGCUGAACGCACGAGGGACGAACUGGAGAGGAGGCUGCUGCAGAUGAAGGAAGAGGCGACGAUGGCCAACGAAGCCCUGAUGCGGUCCGAGGAGACAGCCGACCUGUUGGCCGAAAAGGCCCAAAUCACUGAGGAGGAGGCAAAGCUCCUGGCACAGAAGGCGGCAGAGGCCGAACAGGAGAUGCAGCGCAUCAAGGCCACGGCCAUCCGGACAGAGGAAGAGAAGCGCCUUAUGGAGCAGAAGGUGCUGGAGGCCGAAGUGCUGGCGCUGAAGAUGGCUGAGGAGUCCGAGAGGAGGGCCAAGGAGGCAGAUCAGCUGAAGCAGGACCUGCAGGAAGCCCGCGAGGCAGAGCGAAGAGCCAAGCAGAAGCUCCUGGAAAUCACCACCAAACCCACAUACCCGCCUAUGAACCCACUCCCAGCCCCGCUGCCUCCUGACAUACCAAGCUUCAACCUCAUUGGUGACAGCCUGUCUUUCGACUUCAAGGAUACUGACAUGAAGCGGCUUUCCAUGGAGAUAGAGAAAGAAAAAGUGGAGUAUAUGGAGAAGAGCAAGCACCUGCAGGAGCAGCUCAACGAACUCAAGACAGAGAUCGAGGCCUUGAAACUCAAAGAGAGGGAGACGGCCUUAGAUAUUCUGCACAACGAGAACUCUGAUCCGGGCGGCACCAGCAGCAAACACAAUACCAUCAAAAAGGUACCGACCUCAAGCCCAAGGCAGAAGACCUAUCUGCAUUUGAGCCCUCAAAGUAGGUUAUUCCCAGGUACUCUGUAUGUGGUGAUGGGACUGACCUCUGUGAUACUAACCCCUGCAUGAGCUUGCCUGUCUCUGUCCCCGGGCCGUGCCGAGCCCUCCCGAGGGCAGGUGGCGCCUGGGGACUGGCCGCAGCAUGCUUCGAGUCUGAGAGCAGGCAUCCGCCCUGUGGGGCCAGAACAGCCUCCAGGGUCCGGAAGGCUGCCUCGUUCUGAAGAGCAUGUCCUGGGGCUGUAGGACCAGCCGUCCUUCACAUCUUGUGUCGUUGUCGGGCUGGGGAAGGUCAUGGCUUCUUGUCCGGUCAGGUCUGUCUAAAGUCCUUUGUCUUGGUGGCGUACUCCUUAGAUAAAUAACCCUAGCAUGGAAACGGGGUCAAUUUGGGUGUUCUUAAGACUGGUGCCUUUAAAACGAGAUCAGCCUCUGACAGCCUCUGAAGACCCGCAGUCAUACCUGGCGGCUUCUGGUCGUGGGAUGAAGGGGCUGCCCGUGUUCCCUCAUUUUCUCCUCUAGAGCCUCCCUUUCUGUACGCAUCUAUUCUCUUUUCAAGUACAGCAAACCAAUAGCACAGGGGUCUGAUACGCAGUCAGGCUAAGCGGACUCUGUUCGCCGGCACACUAACGGCCACCUCUGCCUGGGCUUCUCCGCAGUCUGGGGCACGGUCGCAGUCGGCGUGAACUCAGGUCGGGACAGAGAAGUCCGGGCACCCAGCAGACGGGUAGUCAGUGCUCGUGGAGCGAAUUAAUUGAAUAAUUGCUGCUUUCCUUCUGCAACAGUUCAUUAUUCUCCCAACAGGCCUAGGCAGUGGAGAGAAUUUAUUAGGCGCAAUAAUAACAUCCUGCCUCUGCUCCUCGCCUGCUCCCCAGUAGUACCCCCGCCAGCAAGCCCACCCACACCUGACAGUCACAUGGGAUGUGUCCUUCGGUGUCCUCACCGUGCUUUCUGCUCCUAGAAUAAAAUAAGCCCAUUGGAAGCUCUGUGCGAAACAGUGCGAUCUGGCAUAGGAUAGGUCCUAUUUGUGGUUGCUAUUAAAGUCCCAGAUGGAUCUCAUUAGAAGAUGGAUUCGAUCUGUCAGUGGUUCCAGGAACCCGUGGCGUGAACCACAAUUUGCGUGUGACACUUUUGUUUAGCAGGCUCCUGUUUCUUCAGCUUUCAUGCCGCACGCUGGCGCUGAACAUGCCAGCACCAAGCGGCGCAUGCUCCACGCCAGACAGGUGUGAAGAGCACAGAGUGGGCGGGCCGGGUGGCACCUCUGCUCAAGGGAUCACCCCGUGGCACCCAGAGGACCCCGGGGCGGCUCCACUGUGGCUUCCUGGACCCCGUGGCAAGCACAGGGGCACGCAGGAAGUCCCUUUUUGUCUUAGUCUGUGCUGUCAGAUAUUCUCUGCAUGUGACCGUCCUGUUCUACCUUUAUAUGAUUUCACCUCUCUUCUUUCUGUAAUGAUUCAGAACGCUUAAAUUCUUCAGGGACCCAGUUCUGACCGUCAGUUCUCACUGAGCUGUGAUUAUAGACAAAUGAUGUUUGAUUUGUAGUCAAAUGUGUACCACUCCUGGGACAUGCACAGAAGACUUUUUUUUUUUUUCUUUUUUUUUAGUGUCUUGAUGUGAACUUGUUUUCAAAGUAUUCUGCCAAGCUCCAGUUAAUCAAGAAUUCUGAUUAAUCAAGGAUUAAUAAAAUGGAGUUGGCUCUUAAUACAGCUGGACUUAGUAUCACCAGAUUAAAUAGUGGCAGCUUUUGCUACACGUGAAGUUGGAUGCACUUUCCACUUUCUCGACUUUGGUGGUCCCUGUGGCCAGUGACCAAGCCUGACAGCCAGUCACCUGCUGUGCUGGGGCGGCUCUGGCCUUGUGCCUGCUGUGGUCUGGGCUGAAGUGAGCCUAGCUGAUGAGAAAUACCACGGCGGGCUUUGAAGUGUGGGCGCCUAGAAUGUCAAGGGCACAGCUCCAUCUAGAAAGUCCGGGAUGAGAAAUGCAGACCGGUGGUGAACUGGAGAGUUUCCAUUGUCCUGAAACUUGUCAUUAAUCUUGGUUCAAACCAGCCUGCAUUGAUUUUUGUUUUGUUUUUCAUGUCUUUUGAUCAUAGAUUUCUUCAAGGAAAGACUGGUUCUGCUACCUCCCGUGAUCCGGGGGUACUCCUCCCCCUUGCUGUCUGUCCUCUCCUGCCUCACCUCGAGGCCGGUGUCUGACCCUGACUCAUCAGGACCCUCCAGGGCUGGUGACACUUAAGCUAAUUACAAGGGUUUACCCACGGGUUACAUGGGAAUGCUGAGAGGCAGUCCAGUUUUCUUCACCAGGGUUGCCGCUGCUCUGCCACUUACUAUCUCUAAAAUUCUUACCUUCUGUUAAGGGUCAGUGUCCUCACCUGUAAAAAGGGAAUAAACAGUUCGUUCCCCCCCCAGGAUUGUUAUGAGAAUUUAGUGAGUUCACUGUAAGGACUCAGCGAGUGCUUAAAAUUAUAUAAAGAAACGAAUCUGCUUGUGAGCCUGGGCUGAGGGACGCACCACAGUUACGUGCACAACUUGUGACACGCGUAUACAGUAAGUGUCUUAGUUUCCGUGUGUUUAGAGGUAAAAACUUUUAAAACUCCAGAAUGAACUCCGCUGACUGUACUAUCUGAUUUGGAUUUGCAAGGGUGUAUUUUUCUCCUCCUGCUAAUCUUAACUCCACAUUUCAAUUUUCUCCCAAUCGAUAAUCAGUACAACUGGUUUGGCAUUUGCAUCAGAGUCCCAAGCGGUGCUAGUGAUCAGAAGCUGCCCUUGGGAACGUAGAUUUGUGGCAUUCUCGGGGGGAGUGACCGUGACAUGUAUUCCUGGGCUCUGGGUCUUGUGAGCGAGGGCGUGGGGUCUGGCAGUGAGGCUGGGGGAGGGGGACACGGUGUCUUGGGCUUGAACCUCUUGCCUUCAGAGCCACUGCACUGAUGAAGUGAGUGGUGGCCAGGUGUGACUUAGCUGGGCAGCACAUUCUGGAGGUGACAACACGUUCGCAGCCUUCAUCCCCUCUCAAGGGACAGCUUCACUCCCCAAUUCUGGGCUGGUAUGAGCGCCAGGAAACUUGUCUUUGUUUUUUGUGCCCGUGGUCGCUGAAGAAGCACAGGAUUUCAAAGGCAGUAGACAAAUGAGAAAUCCUGUGGGUCAUAGAGCUUAGAAAGCUUAUUUUUUUCGUAAAUGGUGUGAACCAUCGAGGUCUAGCUGUGGUUUCCGCUGGUGGAGGAGCAGGAAUGGGGAGGAGCCUCGACAUUUAUCUGAAGCUCCAGCCGCCUCUCUCUUAGAUCGGGAAGACAUAAAAGUUCAAUGUCAUCUUCAAUUUGCAUGGACUCCCUUUGGAGAUGCAGGGCUGGCCGAGUCAAGUGGAGCACUUAAAACACCAGGGAAGUGAUAAAUCACAGGGCGAGGGUGAAUAAGCGUGAAAGGCGUCUCCCACAGUUAAAGCAACCAGCCAGGCCUCCCUUGUGACCUCCAUCAGCAUCGCCUGCCUGGACGGGGGCAGCUCCACAGGCUGCGCUGCCCGUGUGGUGAACACAUUCAGCACCCCCAGACCCUGCUCAGGGACCCACAGGGCUCUGCCUGCUUCGGAAACCCUGCGAUGUCUGGUGGAGCGUCCCCUGCCUUGGCUCCCUGGCUCCAGAACUUUCCCUUUGUGAGAACAGGGCAGAUGUGGUGGGGGGAGGGUGGAGAAGAAAGGGGAGCAGGAGUGGAGUGGGGAGCAGGGGUCAGCAGAGGCACCAGGUGUGGAUGAAGAACACAGGAGAGAGGGCACUGGCUCCGUGGGAAGCUCGGGGGAGGCGUCGCAGGCAUGGGCUGGUCUCGGGGCACCCUCCUCCUGGACGUGAAGCCUGGGCUCAUCCCUGAAGGCCACUCCCACCUCACGCAGACUGAAUGUCCACACGCCUCUUAACUGUCGAGCGCUUCCAGUUUUCUUGCUUGUUCCUUGUAGCUCCCUAGGUAGAAGAUUCUACCAGCCUCUUUGCCAAAAGACCAUGAUCCAGUCCCUCCCUUUGGUUGGUGGGCUUUACCUGGUCAAGCAGUUGUCCUUUGGGAGGCGUUGAGGAGUGUGCAAAACCUGCCUCGCCCUUCUAGGGUAUUUUACCACCAUUUGGAAGUGUCUGAGGACAUUAGUGGGCCUGAUUGGAUGCAGUAAGACAUCUCAUUUGGUCCCUCAGCACUGAAGAUACGUUUCAGUGCAGCAUUCCUCCAGCACCUGAUUUGUCACUGCAACAGCGGGAGGGAAGAGUCGGGAUGCAAACUCAUUCUGCAGGCUCGAGGUUCUAUUCUUAUGAUCCUUGCUGUGAUUUCCCUUCUGAUAUUGGCAAUUUGAAAUGACAUCGGUCUAUCUGCCCCAUUUCCCGAAGGUGCUCGUUCAGAGUGCUCUGUGCCCAUCAGUUAGCCUCCCCCUGCCCAGCGAGGUGAAUCAGGCCGAUUCGUCCAUUUUCCAGGUGGAGGAAUGAAAUGAGGCCCUGCCAGCAUCACACGGGCAGCUCGAGACAUGGGCAGAUACCGGUUUCCAGGCAUCAUUCUGCCACUUUAGGUCCCUAAAGGAUUAAUAAACCAAAGGCACCCUCUGGGUUUUCCCAGGCAUAUUUCUCUCUAGAGCAGAUACAGUAGCUGAUAGCAAAUUGGAUUUGUUAAUUGUGGUGGACUCGGCCCUUCAUCCCACCUCUGCUUAGGGAUAAGUGUGUGGACAGCUCUCUCCCCGUGCACAUCACCAGACGGCAUUUGGGUACAAGCUGUCAACUAGCAAGACAGCUGAAUAGCUUAAUCUGACCCGUUUAUAGCAGCCAUCCCCCCUCACCGGCCCUGCCCCCUCAGCUUUGAUUUGGAAGGGGAAUGUUUAUCACACCCCAAACCAGAGAUUAUGUUGGAAUUUGCUGCUGCUGGAUUUGGCUGUCACCUUCCUGCUCCUGGUGGAGAAUCUGCCUGUCCUUUUGUAUCUGCGCCCUCCCCCGCUCCUUCGUUCUCAAUAUGUAGUGGUUGAGAGGAAGUGUAACAUGAUUUUAGGGCUUGCAUUUCAAUUCCACUGCAUUUUUAUGGGACAAGCAGAGUCUCAGCACCUAGAGUUAUUAGGUUAGUAUCUAAAAUGGGUUCAGCGUUGUGGGUCUUUUUGUUUAAAAUGAAUUAGACUCUCCCCCACCCCUUCUUCUCUUCUCCCGCCGGGAUGAGUGGAUUGAGGUGAGGCCCCCAGAGACUAGUUGGAGGAAUCCUGGCGCUCUGAUUAGUUUUCUUCUCCCAGCUUAAUUGUAGAGCUUCUUCUCUCUCAUCAUUGAUAGCCGAAGUGGCUCUGUGUCCCACCCACCCCCUUUUGCUUUAGGAACAAGAUUAUCACAGUGCGGCCUUGUGAAUCAAUUUCUCUGUGCUGAUGAAAGUGUAAUUCAUUCUUAAUCAAACAGCCUUGCUGCUGCAGGCUCUGUGCCGGAAUACAUUUAGUUAUUCUGUCUUCACUUUGGGAAGCAAUCCCUCUCAAAAGGACUUUUGGAGGAGAGCUGGAAGGAGGGAGCUGGCAGCCAGCCUGGGGCUGUGGUUUUCCAGCAGGGGGCACUCCUGGGAGUGAGGCCGGAGGAGCUUCGUAGCUGGAAGCCUUCACUGCAGAGCAGGCCAGGAAGGAUCGGCGAGCCUGGUGCUGGCCUCGGUGCUUCCAGGCUUGCUGUCUCUACACCCUGGGGCCCUCUCUCAGGGGCAAGCCAGGUCCUUGUAUCUAGACGGGCUGCCUGAAACCCUCGCCCAGUGAGUGGGAUCCCGUGAGUCUGCAUAUUGUUUGCAUGCCCGGGUUCAGGAGAGGCUGCCGGGUACCAAGUCCUUCCCUAGGGUUGGAGGAACCAGCCUCCUCUCUUUUUAAGGAGACAGAAGUGUCUCCCGAAUCUGAUUCAUUAGCUGGUGGAGGUGUCUGUUCGGUGAUACUGCACACAGCUCGGGUGGUGUGAAGAGGUAUCGCCCUGCCAGGAGGCUCCCCGUCCUGCCCUUGCACAGCCUGGUGGCCGUCACAAACAACGGGGCAGUGUGAUGGGGAGGUGGCUGUGGGGGAACUCUGCCAGGCUGUGUCUAUCAAGGCUGGGCAGGAAGAAGGGGCCAGGCCACAGGUGGACCAGAGCCCCCCCAAGACAAAAACCACACCAUACAGAUAUGCAGCCGAGAAAGAAGAGGAAGUUUGUCUCCUCAGAAUGGAGCUGGAUUAGUGACAGACUUGAACAGCCGGUUCAGUCAAGAGAGAACUUAAUUCCUCCUGUAUUAUUCACACGGCGGAUUUUAAUCAGAUGUGAGGAGACAGCUGCAAGAGAGAAGCGGGUCAGUCCCGUGCCUGGUGAGGAAACUUCAUGUUCUUUUGUCAUCUUCAGGGAACUGGUGAGAGGAACGUGGGGUGCAGAGCUCCCGGAGGGGCUGGAUGCGGCCGCCAGGACUCCCUGGCCGCCUCUGUCUGGACCCAGGGGGAGUUUUGGACUCCCCAGUCAUGCUCGGGCAGAACUCUACCCACGUGUCCUCAGAAGGAUUCAGAGAAGGUGGACCAGACUUGACAGGUCCCAGAAUGAGGCAGCCACUGUCCAAGAGGCCCUGCUUGUCUGUCUGCGUCCUGAGGCCUUUCUGCUUCACCACCUACUGAAAUUCGGAGUCCGCCCAGCAUGGCAGCGUGGUCGUAGAGCCACGUUCUGUGCACCUGGGGAGUCCCCCAUGGCACCGCCCCAGUCCUGGAGGUGCUGCCCCCCGAGCAGUGGGUCUGGGGUGAUGACAGGUGUUGCUGGAUCACCAAAGGGGCUGCAGGGUGGUGGGUGGGCCUUGCGGCUGACUCUGGCUCUCACCGUGUGGCACCGCAGGGUGCGAGGCCCAGGGUGGCGGAUCAUCUCUGUGGUCCCUUUGCCACGCUGUGCGGAGAGCCAGGCCCGUCCCUGAGCAGGAAGGUGUACCGAACGCUGACGUGGCUUGUACACCUUGGGGUAGGAGAGGGUAGCGGGAAUCCAGGAUGCUUGUGAGCCGAUUUCCAGGAGUCUAUGAAGACGACCUGCAGAGGCCGUUCCCUUUAUGAAGGGCUAGCUUUGUGCCGUUUCCUCUAAGCCUUCCCCUCCUCCUUAAGGGAUACCUCCUGCCUGAGGCUACACUGUCAAUGUGACAGUCAGUGAGCUUUCUAGAAAGAGCAGGUGGUGAGGGAUCCCACAGGUGAGGGGAGGGCUGGGGUGUGGGGCGGAGCCGGGCCGGAGCACAGCUGGCAGUGCCUGAGGGGGAACCUCCCUGCCCCUGGGCUUGAGUCCCCAUGUGGAAGAAAGAAGCCCAGGCUUCUCCCCACGGACCGUCUUCACUGCCCAGCUCCCUGGCCUGUGCUCCAGCAUGAGCAGGUCCUGAUGCCUGAGAUGAGGGACGCUGCGGAGGUAGGGCAGGCAGAGGAAGGGUUCCGGCUGCGCCAGUCAGCUCGUGCGGGAUUAUCCUCUGAUGACGGGCUUCCUGUUGGAAUUGGAACCACCACAAACUGUACAGAAAGGGUGAAAGGCGGGGGCGGGGCAGCCAGGCCUGCCUGCGGGCCUAGGUGGGACGCUCCAGUGCCCUUGGUGUCAGCAGCCACGUCCGCCACCUCCGUCUGGUGGCUCUGCCCAUCCCUCCAACAGCCUGGAGACCAUGGUACUGUCUUCUUGCCGAGGCUGCGUGUCCAGGGUGCUCUCCUGCUUCUGCACGGCCAGUGUUCGAUCUCGCGUCGCACCUCUCCUUGGGCUGGGGUGCGACUGCUGCUCUUGUGAGAUAGGAGGUCAGUGCGGGCUGGGAUCCAGGGCAGUGUGUUGCCCACCCGAAGAGGGCUUUGCCUCCCAACAAGCACACGCUCAAGUGACUGGAGUCUGGCGCUGCCAGAGCUGCCAAAACCCUCCACCGGCACCUCGAGGGGAUAUAGCCAGCACACAGCUCCGCUAGGAGGAUCCAGGAAUUCUUGCAACCAUCAUUGUACAAACAGGCAGGAGGCUCUCGGAAGCCCCCACAGCCCGGGCUCCGUGCCUGGGGAAGAGGCCAGGCCUCUUGGGGGCAUCUGCUCUCCCUGCCUCAGAGGCUGUGAACCCUGCCUUCGCCCUCACCCCUCCGAACCUGCCCUCUGCCCUGCUCCCCCUGGAAGGAGAGGAGUCGGAGCUGGGGGAGGGGCGAUGUGACACUGCUGUUAGUAACACCAGCUGUAGCGUUUCACCGCGCGCCAGGCACGGCACCAAGCGCUCUGUAGAGUUUCUGUCCCUCCGCACGCCACCCUGUGAGGCAGGGGCUGCCACCACCCCUGCUUCUCGGUGGGAACUGGGGCCAGACGGAGUCAGUGACCUGCCCAGGACCACCCAGCCGCCCAGAUGGGCUUUGGGUCGGGCAGUCUGGCCGUGCCUGUGAGUGACUCAGUGUAUGGAAGGAAGGGCUGCGGCAGAGGCCCCGUCCCCUGCAGGUCCCCUGUACCCUGAGGAGCCGGCCUGAGGUCUCCCCGGGAGUGUGGGAGGAACCCGAGUGGAGACACGGGGUUUCACACCUUUUGAUUCACUUUCCCCCAAGAGCCUUUUUGUCCCGGUGGCUCUCUGGCUGUCUUUCUUUCUUCCCCAGUUACCAUCCUUGUUCCCAUUAUCACAGAGCACGUAACUCCCGGCCCAUCUCCUCUGCUUGUGUUUAGGGAGAAACCCGUCCUUCUAGAGGGAGUUCCUUUUCAGCAAAGAAAUGAAAGGUUUCUCCACUCCCGUUGGAGCUGGGCUUUCCAAAGGGUUUCUGAAAUUGGUUCCACUGAAAAAAAGAGCUCAGAUGUCUCCUUGCAUUUAGCUUGUUAGUCAGGAACUUCAAGGCCAAAAGAUUUGGCAGGAUUUAAAGAGCUGGCUCUCAAGCUGUCUCCUUCUGAGUGUACUGAUGCUGCGUGUCUUUGAUGGCGAAGUGGUUGGUUUGGAGUCUUCUUCCCCCACCCUGUGGAGAGCCAAGCUCUCUUUGGAUUCAGGGACUGCCAGAGGUUGAGGGAAUGGGCCAGACCAUCUAGCCUGGCCCCAUGGUUUAACUCCAGAGAAAAGCGGCUCAGAGAGGCCAAGGGUGUCCACUGAGGCUACGCAGCGAGGUGGUGACGGAGAAUUAGCGCCUGGGCCUUCUCAGCCCCAGGUGGAAUUCUCGACUUUCCCCUGCAUCUCACCAUUUCGUUAUCGUUAUCACCUACCUCUUAUUCACUCAACAAACUGAGCUUCUGCUCUGUGCAAAGCACUAAGCUAAGUGGUUUGAGGGUAUGAAGAUGAACAGUACGCACUCUGUGUCCCCCCUCCCUGAAAACACUCCUUAGCAAAAUCCCAGAGCUGGAUAUGGAGCACACAGUCUCACCCAAGUAACUGACUUCAGGAGUAGAGCAGGAAGCAGGGAAGUGGGGGUGCGCCCAUGCCAGAUGCUUCUGUUUGGGGAGAUCCUGGGAAGGGGCCUCCCGAGUUGGGGGAUUGGGGUUUGGCAGCCCGGGAGGUCGCAAACCCUAGUUAGUGCUUUAUCUGCCAAUCCGAGAGCUCCACCGCCGAUCCUCCCUCUCCCUUCCAUGUCUUCUCAAGCUUGUGCCGCUCAGGACAGCAUUCCUGGGAAGGCCUCACAGUUUCCGCCCAGAGCACCGCCCCAUGUGCUGCGCCCUCCCUGCCUAAACCAGCCCUACCUGGAAAGCCAGUUGCCUCCCAGUUUGUGGAUGGAAACCCCCUCUCAGCUGCCAGGUCACGGGCAAGUCUGCUUUGGGGCCACCUGGGGAGCCAGGAGUGGAAAGGAUGAGCUCUUCCUCACCUGACACAGGCCUGCCCUGCCCGAGGCCAUGUCUCCUUGCCCCAGCAGCGUGCCCAGGGCAUGAGGACUGAGACACUUGCAUUGCUGAGCUGGCCCUCGAGCCCUGAAGCGGAUGAGCACCCAGGCUGGGACCAGCACGGACAGCACAACAAGAGGCAUCGUUAGAGACUCCUUUGUAGACGGGGAUGUGAGAAUCUAUUAAAAUGCCCAGGGUUCCCCUGCCCUCUGUGAAAAGGCGACAUUGAUGACAUUUUCCUGCUGACAUGCUUCUGCCCACCAGCCAUCCCUCCUGGCACGUCCUCAUUUGUCACCUCCUAAUUUGAGUUUCUGGGCAAAUCUGGAAACUUACUUGGGAUUGACCAUGAGCUUCUUGAACAUCUACUUGAACCAUCUUCCCUUUCACUCCCAGCCACCUUUGAGUUUAGUCCGGGAGGCAGGAGGACAUCCUGUUGUGAAAGAGCUGAAAGCCAGCCCGCCUUUCACUUUCUUCUCUGCU